AUGGAGGGAGGCACUGGCACCGCCAGGGGCAGUGGUGGCGUCCAGGGGGGCGGCGUGUGGCAGGCGGAACCAGCAUCACCAGGGGCAGCGGGCAGUGGUGGCGUCAUGGAGGAUGGCGGGAGGCACUGGCACUGCCAGGGGCAGUGGUGGCGUCCAGGGGGCGGCAUGUGGCAGGCGGCACUAGCAUCACCAGGGGCAGUGGACAGUGGUGGCGUCAAGGAGGAUGGCGGGAGGCACUGGCACCGCCAGGGGCAGUGGUGGCGACCAGGGGGGCGGCAUGUGGCAGGCGGCACUAGCAUCACCAGGGGUUGCGAGCAGUGGCGGCGUCAAGGAGGAUGGCGGGAGGCACUGGCACCGCCAUGGGCAGUGGUGGCAUCCAGGGGGCCGGAGGGCAGCACUGGCACUGGCAGGGGCACUAGCCAGUGGUGCCUUCCCGGGGGCCAGCUGGUGGCACUGGCGCCACUGGGGGUAGCUGUCAGUGGUGGUGUCCAGGGGGGUGGAAAUCGGCAGGCAGCACUAGCAUCUCCAGGAAUGGUGGGCAGUGGUGGCAUCCAUGGGGUUAGCAGUCGGUGCUGGCACCGCCGGGGGCAGUGGCCAGUGGUGGUCUCCAGGGGGGCGGAGUGCAGCACUGGCACUGCCAGGGGCACUAGCCAGUGGUGCCUUCCAGGGGAGCAGCGGGUGGCACUGGCACCACUCGGAGCAGUGGUGGCGUCCAGGGGGGCGGCGUGUGUCAGGUGGCACUAG